AUGGAGGCUGUCAAGCGAUUCUUCUCUUCCCCACGGUUCGCCGUUGCGGGCGCCAGCAAUGAUCCGACCAAGUUUGGUUACAAGAACCUCUCUGUCCGUGGUCACGCCUCCCCCGUGACCCUCCAAGUGCUGCAGGAAGCGCACUCGGUUGGGAUUCCCGCGGUUUGGCUGCAACCGGGCACUUUCGACGACCGGGUGCUAGACUAUGCCCGGGGCCACUUUGCCGCGGUCAUCGCGGGUGACGGAGGCGCUGGCUACGAGGGAUGGUGCGUGCUGGUCGAUGGAGAGGAGGGCUUGGAAGCCGCUGGAGUGCAAUGGACCAGUCAGCGACUGUAA